UAGCCUCAGCAAGCGGAUUAUAUUGAGGCCGGAGCGCCAAUCGACGUCAUUCAGCUAGGCAGCCGAUCAACACCAGUCAAUCCGUGCGUUGAAGUGUCCCGUUGCAAAAUGAGUCCGCUGGGCAGCCAAAAAGCCCUCCUCAUCAAAUCUAUCGAUUCUCGGCUCCCUCGCGCUCCAUCCAGUGGACUCGUUGGGUCGGAUCUCAUUAACUAUCACGCCCAUCAAUACACUGUGGUUUGACCAGCACAAAUCUCGAAAUGAGGGACCGACUUCAAGACCUCAACAAUAACCCUCCCGAUGGUGGUAGUAAAGCACCAGCCGGCGAAAAGCCUGAGAAGGCCGAAAAGGCAGAGAAAAAGGACAAAGAGAAGAAAGGAGCCCAAGGUGGAGAGCCACAGGAUAAUGUCAUGACCGGCUUCUUCGACGAGAUCGGCGGAAUCAAUGACUCAAUAGCGACAAUCAAGAACAACAUCGAGCAGAUCGAGGCGCUCCACAACAAGGCCUUGAACACCAUCAGCGAAGAUCAGAGUACCCAAAACGCCAAGGAGCUCGACAAAUGGAUGGACAAGACCAACAAGCUGGCGGCCGAUAUCCGGAACAGACUAAAAGCGAUGGAUGCGAAGAACAAAAAAUUGUCGGUCGAGAAUCCCGGAUCAAGCGACAUCCGCAUUCGCAUCAACCAGCACUCUGCAGCGGCCAAAAAGUUCCUCGAUGUCAUGACCGAAUACAAGGACAUUCAGAAGAAGUACCAGGACAAAUACAAGCAACGAAUGCAGCGCCAGUUCCUGAUAGUGAAACCCGGGGCGACACCAGAAGAAGUCGAAAAAAUGAUGGACGGAGACAGUGGCCCCGUCUUUGCCCAGCAGAUCAUGCACAGCGGACAGAAAGCAGAAGCAAAGAAGGCCUUGCAAGACAUUCAAGAUCGACACCACGACAUUCAAAAGAUCGAGCAGUCCAUCAUUGAACUACAACAACUGUUUAUCGACAUGGCUGUGCUCGUCCAAGCACAGGGCGAGAUGCUCAACCAAAUCGAAAUCCACGUGGAAAAUGCCAAGGACCAUACGGACCAAGGAGCCAAGGCUUUGCACCAGGCCGUAAAGCUGCAGAAGAAAUCCAGAAAGAAAAUGUGCAUCAUCAUCGUGUGCCUGAUCCUCCUGAUUGUGGGAGUGGGUCUGGCAGUAUACUUCCUGACGAAGCAUUAGACGGGGCCCACAUGAGACGGAACCCACCCCGGCUUGCUUUUGAAUGUCGCUUUUUGGGGGCCCAAAUACACACAUUCGUCGCUCG